AUGGAAACAAUUAAGUCGAAGAAAAAUAUCAACAAGGAGUCUCUGUUGGAGGAGAGAAGAAAAAAAUUAGCGAAAUGGAAACAAAAGAAGGCACAAUUUGAUGCUGAGAAAGAGAAUCAAAUUUCACGCAAUAACAUUGUUACUAACAGUAUAGAAUCCAAGCAAACAGUUGAAAAGGUUACAGAAAGGCAAGAACAGGUAAAAGAAAAGCUUCGAAAGAGGAAAAAUGAACUAAAGAGACCGGAUGAGAGUACGUCAGUAAAGCCCUCCAAAAAAAAGUCAAAGAGAAAUAAGAGAAAGGAAAGAAUAUCCUUUGAUUUUAGCGAUGACGAUGAGGCAAAAAUAGGAAGUGCUUUUCUGCCAAAAGAAGAUCCUCCGAAAGUAUUGGCAAAUGACUAUGACAAAGACCCACUAGAUGAGUUCAUGACAUCACUAAAAGCGGAGGAGGUUAGUACAAGCAAACCCUCGUAUGAGAGAGGUGAUAUUCUUGAUGUAGAGGACCAACUAGUUGACUUGGAAGCAGUCGACGAUGAAAAUAUCGGGGAUGGUACAGAUAGUCCUAACAUAGCGAAAAUUGCUAAGCUAAAAGCAAAAAAACGUGUAAAACAAAUAUAUUACUCUCCAGAGGAGCUUGAGCCAUUCCAAAAGAAUUUUUAUAUAGAAUCCGAAGUGAUUUCGUCGAUGACAGAGACAGAAGUUGAGGAGCUUAGACUUAGUCUCGAUAAUAUCAAAAUAAAAGGAACAGGGUGCCCCAAACCCGUUACAAAGUGGUCACAACUUGGACUAUCAACAGACACGAUGACUUUAAUUACAGAAAAAUUAAGAUUUGAGUCCUUAACACCUAUUCAAUCUCAAGCACUCCCUGCUAUCAUGUCAGGUCGUGAUGUUAUAGGAAUAUCGAAAACUGGAUCUGGUAAGACUAUCUCCUAUCUUUUACCGUUGUUGAGACAAGUAAAGGCUCAACGACCAUUGUCAAAGCAUGAGACAGGGCCCUUGGGCUUAAUUCUAGCUCCAACGAGAGAGUUAGCUUUACAAAUACAUGAAGAAGUUAGAAAAUUCACAGGAGCAGAAGCAUUGAUUAGGUCAGUAUGUUGUACGGGGGGUUCAGAAAUGAAGAAACAGAUUACAGACCUUAAAAGAGGUGCUGAGAUUGUUGUUGCCACGCCAGGCCGAUUUAUUGAUAUUUUGACUCUAAAUGAUGGGAAGUUACUCAGUACCAAGAGAAUAACAUUUGUAAUAAUGGACGAGGCAGACAGACUGUUCGAUUUAGGUUUCGAGCCUCAAAUCACUCAAAUCAUGAAAACUGUUCGACCUGAUAAACAGUGUGUUUUAUUUAGUGCAACUUUCCCGAACAAAUUGCGUAGUUUUGCUGUAAGAGUUUUGCGAUCUCCAAUAUCUAUUACGAUCAAUUCAAAGGGCCUUGUUAACGAAAAUGUGAAACAAAAGUUUAAAAUAUGUAAUUCAGACGAUGAAAAAUUUGAUAAUCUUGUUCAGAUUGUUCAUGGGCGUGCUGAAUUUUUUAACGAAAUUUUGACUGAAGCUGAUGGAGAGAGUAGUGAUUUUGAAGAAGCUGACGCUAAAGCUAUUAUAUUUGUAUCAAGUCAGCAAAUUUGUGACUUCAUUUCCAAAAAGCUGCAGAAUGCUGGAAUCAUUACUUGCGCUAUUCAUGCAGGUAAGCCGUAUCAAGAAAGGCUUAUGAAUUUAGAAAAAUUCAAAAGAGAGAAAAACAGUGUCCUUCUUUGUACGGAAGUUCUUUCAAGAGGUUUGAAUGUCCCUGAAGUAUCAUUGGUUAUUAUUUAUAAUGCUGUAAAAACUUUUGCUCAAUACGUACAUACGACUGGAAGAACUGCCAGAGGAAGUCGGUCGGGUACUGCUAUAACACUUCUAUUACCGGAUGAAUUGUCAGGAGCUUAUAUUUUGAGCAAAGCAAUGCGUGAUGAUGAAUUAAGCUCUUCAGACCCUUCACAGGCAAAAGAACUACAGGAAAUGAGCGCCAAGUUUGAAUCUGGUAUGAAGAAGGGUAAAUUUAGGCUGUCAAAAGGGUUCGGUGGUAAAGGACUUGAAAAUAUCAAAAAUAAAAGAGAAGAAGCACAAGAUAAAGAUAGAGAACUUAGAAAGGGCGACAAGAAAAAUGAUGAGGCUGAAAAUAAAAUCAACAAUUUGCAAGAGGAACAGGCCAGUGAAUCUGAGCCAUCUACACCUAUUCCCAAACUGAAAUAUGAACUGUUCAAAGAGCCUUCAACAGACAAUUCAGUCAUUUUUUAUGCUAAAGUUCAUAUAAAUGAUUUGCCUCAAAUUGUGAGAUGGGAAGCUACAAAAAACACGACUUUGUUGUUCAUCAAACACGAAACAGGAUGUAGCAUAACCAACAAGGGUAAAUUUUACCCAGAGGGGAAGGAACCGGAAAAUGAUACCGAUGAGCCCAAACUGUAUUUGUUGAUCGAAGGCCAGGAUGAAAGAGACAUACAACUAAGUAUUGAAUUGCUAGAGCAAAAAGUUAAGGAGGGGGUUAUAAAGGCAGCUAGUUUGUCUUUAAAAAGUACAAAGUAUUAA